CUCACUCCUCGCAGUAUUCCUUAAGAUGCAGACGUUUACCAUAGGCCUCUUCAUCGUUGCAGCUAUGCUGAUAACGGUUUGUCGCGUUGAGCAAGACUGCUAUGGAGAUGACUGUGACAUUUGCAAAGGGUUUCUUUGUGACAGCGGUAGAUGCAUUAUGAAAGAAUGGAAGUGUGACGGCAGCUCGGAUUGCCCUGACGGCGAAGACGAACCGCAGGACUGCCCCGUUCCCGAAUGUGGCGAAUCCGGUUUUCUCUGCAAGCCGCUAAACAGGUGUUUGCAAAAAUUACGCGUGUGCGAUUUAUAUAAAGACUGCCCGGAUGGGUCUGACGAAGCAGACUGCGAAACGCGACCCUGCGACGGGUUUAAGUGCAAUGACUUUAGGUGCAUUAGGGCGGACUAUAAAUGUGACGGCGACAACGACUGCAGAGACGGUUCCGACGAAGUGGACUGCCCUGUUCCCGAAUGCGGGGAUAAAAAAUAUUUGUGCGAACCCUUGAAGAGAUGUCUCCGAGAAUGGGAUAUCUGCGACUUCCGAAAUGAUUGCCCCGACGGCUCAGAUGAACAAAAUUGCGAUGAGUACGAUUGUGGCGAGGAGAGGCUCAAAUGCGCAAACGGCAAGUGUGUUAAUAAAGAUAACAAGUGCGACGGCGACGAUGACUGCGGUGACGGGACUGACGAGGAGAACUGCCCCCUGCCAGAGUGCGGAGCUGGCGCACUACUUUGCGCGACGAAGCUGCGAUGUAUCGAUGGAAAUGACAUUUGCGAUUCCUUCAAUGACUGUCCUGACGGUUCAGACGAAGCAAACUGCGAAGGGUACGACUGUGGAGAAGGUAGAUACAAAUGUUCGAACCACAAAUGCAUUCCUGACAGGUACAGGUGCUACGGUAACGAUGACUGGCUCUGAUGAUGAAGGCUGCCGUGUCAGAGUGCUCCGCGGAGGAACUUCCCCGCGCAUCGGCAAAGAAAUGACUGAGCAAGUACGAAGCUUGCAACCGCAAUGCUGAUUGUCCAGAUGGUUGCGACGAACAGGAUUGUGAUAAUUACCAGUGUGACGGGUUCAAGUGCAACAACAAUUGCAUUGAGGGCGAGUAUGUCUGUGAUGCAUAGAGCCCGGAUUUUUAGGCACGAAAAAAUCUUGUUUUGAGCCCCAAUAAAAGGCGAUAAAAUUCCGA